GAUGAAUCCAAUUUCUAGAACUCUAGCUUCACAGCAUUUUACCCAAUGCUGUAAUAUCGCAUCAACUGGCAUAUCAUGGACAAUUAAGCGUUAUGCCAGUUCAUUACAUCGCGCGAGUGGGCUCCAUGGGAGUACCGUGCCUUCUCGGGUACUUCUAGGUCCCAGGGGAGCUAGAUUCCACACUACCAUUAACUACAUGUCAACUAGGCCCGUAGUUAAGCAGCAUAUCGGGAUUGCAGUAGUCCCUCAGCAGACUGUGUACGUCAUUGAGAGGUUUGGAAAGUUUCGCCGUACCAUUGGAGCUGGAGUUCACUUUUUGAUACCGCUGGUUGACCGUAUUGCCUAUGUACAUUCUCUAAAGGAGGAUGCCAUUGUACUCCCUAAUCAAACUGCUAUAACACAGGACAAUGUCAUGUUACAAAUAGACGGUGUACUAUACAUCAAAUGCGUCGAUCCCUAUAAUGCUUCAUAUGGCAUUGAAGACCCAAUUUUCGCCAUGACCCAGAUGGCGCAGACAACGAUGCGUUCUGAAUUGGGGAAGCUAUCACUGGAUACUACAUUUCUAGAACGUGACAAUCUGAAUAACAAGAUAGUGCAGGCGAUAAACAGUGCUGCUGCCAAUUGGGGUAUGGUAUGUAUGCGUUAUGAAAUCCGGGACAUUACCUUGCCCAAGACUAUAGUGUCUGCCAUGGAGCGCCAGGUCGAAGCCGAACGCGCUAAGCGCGCCCUGAUACUCCGUAGUGAGGGUGACAAGGAAAGUGAAAUAAACAUGGCCAUAUCACAGCGCCAAAUAUCGAUACUCCGAGCUGAAGGUGAAGCUCUAGCGGAACGUGAGCUUGCAGACGCUACGGCAUAUGCCCUUGAGAAAAUUACGAGGACCAUAAAGGAAUCAGGUACGAUUGACGCCGUAUCGCUGCGUUUAGCUGAGAAGUACAUUUCAGCUUUUGCCAAAUUGGCCAAGAAGACCAAUACAGUAGUGCUCCCUGCCAAUGUUGGUAGUGUGAAUGACAUGGUCACCCAGGCUGUUACCCUUUUUAAGACCCUGAGUAGUACUACAGAAAAAUCGGAUUCAACCCAAGACACCCUAUCGUUCAAUCCGUCAAACAUAGAGCGAAAUGUGCAGGAUGAAGGUGACCUCGACGCCAUGGAAACAGAUAAAAACGCUUAAUGUAUCCUUGUUAUAUU